CCCGUAGUGCGUCGUUGAGUAUGCGACCACGUGACACAUGUGAUACUUGUGCUUUCUGUUCUUCUCCAAAUGCCACCAAAUACGCGGACAAACUCUGUUAAUCAGAAUAUAAACUGCGUCGCGGGAUUACUCGAUUUCUGAUUGUCGAAGUGUUAGAUUCGAACACCAAAACCACAGGCAGAAAUUCUUUCGUAUUUAUAAACUUGGAAGCAUAUGUAAGUUAUCAGCUUCGCUCUUCCACUUGGCCACUUGACAACUGACGUUAACUCUGUAGUGAGCCUGGAGAGGAGGGGACCAUAAACAGGAUACAAAUGCGGCUGAAAGACCCCUUCUCUUUAAAAACCGCAGACAUGACCAAGCGGUCUAACAAGCCAAAGAAGCCUCGUGAUGAAGACUCGUCCGAUGAGGUUGGCGGGUUGACAUGCCAGCAUGUGAGCAGGGCUGUGGACCUCAGCUCAGUGAAGAAGGCAGUGACAGGCAGCCUGUGGUCUAUAUGCUCCGAUUGCCUUAAAGAGAGGAACAUUCAUGAGGGAGAACCAGCAGGAGCACAUGACAUCCUUGUGUGCCUCAAGUGUGGGUUCCAGGGUUGUAACCAGGCAGAAACUCAGCAUUCCACAAAACACCUGCAAGCUCAUCACUCUGACUCUCACUGUAUCACCAUCAGCCUCAGUACAUGGAAAGCCUGGUGUUUUGAAUGUAAGGAAGAGCUCUCCACUCAUUGCAAUAAGAAAGCGCUGGCUCAGACUCUGGAUUUCCUGCAGAAGCACUCAGCAAAGGCCACCUCAGGAACAACCUCAAAAAUUAUCAGGCUCCGAGAGGAACCCGCUGAGUAUGUGGACACUCAGAGAGGGAAGACUCCAGUGAAUACCACACUUAUCCCAGUCAAGGGCAUCAACAACCUGGGUAACACCUGCUUCUUCAAUGCUGUGAUGCAGAAUCUCUCCCAGACCCACAUGCUGAAUGACCUAAUUCAAGACGUCAAGGAGAAGGGACAUAAGAUGAAGAUCUGCCCCCCUGCUGAGACUAAGUUGGGGCCACUAACAGUGACGUUGCCCAGCCCAGAACCCCUCACCUCAGCCAUGUUCCUGUUCCUCCAAAGCAUGAAGGAGCCUGGGAAAGGGCCUGUCUCCCCCAAGAUCCUUUUCAACCAGCUAUGUCAGAAGGCCCCUCGCUUUAAGGGUUACCAGCAACAGGACAGUCAGGAAUUGCUACAUUACCUCCUGGACUCCAUGAGAGUAGAGGAGACAAAGCGCAUUAAAGCAGGCAUCCUCAAAGCCUUUAACAACCCCACAGAGAAGACAGCUGAUGAGGAGACCAAACGACAAGUGAAGGCUUAUGGGAAGGAAGGUGUGAAAAUGAAUUUUGUCGAUCGAAUUUUUGUCGGAGAGCUGACCAGCACUAUAAUGUGUGAAGAGUGUGAACAUAUUUCCACAGUGAAGGAAGCCUUCAUUGACAUUUCCCUUCCCAUCAUAGAGGAAAGGAUCUCUAAGCCUACAAACCCUGGUAGACUGGGGAAAAGUGGGCGGGAGCAAGACGGUCCGGCCUCCCAUGAUGACUCGUCAGCUACCAAUUCACAAGCCAAUAGAAACAGCAGGAGGUUGAGUGGACAGAAGCUGCAGGGUCGCCAUUCGUCCACUUCUCAUGAUGAGAGAGGUGCAGAUCUGGUUUCUAGCCGACAAGAGGAGGAGCUCUGUGUGGCUGGGCGUGGCCUGGCCAGUUGCCGGGCGGAUACGAUGGGCAGCCAAUCAGACUGCAGCGAGAAGGAUUCCAACCUGCAGGACAGCAGUAACGAUGCGGACAGCGAGGCCUCCGAGAGCGAAUGGUCACCACGAAUCCCAUCUGUGUCCACUCACAGUUGCACAUCAGAUAAAGUCUCAACCGCCACGACUUCAGCCUCAACAGCACACAAUCCAAGUCUAAAACCAAACCUGAGCCCGAGCCCCACUCCGCAGGGCGGCGCUGUAGAGCAGCUUGUCAGUGCUGUGUCCAAGCUAGGCCUGGUGCACACUUCCACUGAUACUCUACCUGUCAGUCACAGCCCAGAGGAACUGUCCGAGGUCCGGGAGAGAGACCGUCAGCACCAUCAAGGGGCCUUCCAAGCCCUCUGUCACAGUUACACCCCCAGCUCUAAAGAGUGCUCCGUACAGUCCUGCCUGCAUCAGUUCACCUCUGUUGAGCUGCUGAUGGGCAACAACAAACUGCUCUGUGAGAACUGCACCGAGAGAAGGCAAAGGCAGAUGAAGAGGAGUGAUAAGAAGGCUGAGAAGGUGUACACCAGUGCCCGUAAACAGAUGCUCAUCUCGGCACUUCCUCCAGUGGUCACUCUUCACCUUAAACGAUUUCACCAGGCCGGGAUGAAUCUGAGGAAAGUUAAUAGACAUGUGGAUUUUCCUCUUUUGUUAGACCUGGCACCUUUCUGCUCUGCCACUUGUAAGAACCUCGGGUCAGGGGAGCGUGUUCUGUACAGCUUGUACGGCAUUGUGGAACACAGCGGAUCAAUGCGAGGUGGGCACUAUGCAGCCUACGUGAGGGUCCGCACCCCUCAGCGUAAACCUGAACAGCGCCGGAACCAGUCAGGUUCCAGAGAGGCCAGCUCAGCCCCACAAGGUCAGUGGGUGUAUGUUAGUGAUACCAGCGUUCAGACUGUACCGGAGUCCAGAGUGCUGAACUCUCAAGCUUAUUUACUUUUCUAUGAAGAACUCCUAUAAGAUCCAGACGGGCGCGUGAAUGCAAGAUGAUCCAGAUGAAUGCAAAACGCAAUAUCAGCUCAGACAACAGCGAGCACUUACUGCAUGACUAUAUCCCUGUAUUUUAAUGUAGGAUUCCAUAUACUAAAAG